UGAAAAUUUUUUGGGUUUUCUCAGUAAAUAUAGGCGCACUUCCCCAAAGUUUAAUAAUAUUCUGGGGAAAUUUUUGGGGUUUUUGUGCCAUUUCCCCAAAGUUUUCUAUGGCGGCUUCAUCAAAAUGGGUCAAAUUUUCCGCAAAAUUGGGAGCUCGGGUUGGGUUUUGUAGCCGUAUGGAUGAUUUCCUCUACUGCAUGCAUUACGAUUUUAGAACCUCUGAACCUCUUCCUAACCUUGACAAGUUUUUGAACCACGUAUAAGAAGUGUAUCCAAUUUUUCUUGUUUUUAACAUUUCUACUCUAUGCUGACUGUUUGUUGACUGGCUGAUAUUUCUCAAGGUUAAUUUAGAUUCGUUCAAAGGUCGUCCAUAAAUUAGAGUCUCGCCAUUAACAUAGGUCGAGUGGCUUCCUAUCCUUACUACGUAGUAAGUAAGUACUUAAUACCAAAAUCUUACUUCGGUUGGAAGUCCGGUCUUCAGCGAUAAAAAAGUAAGUCGUUUGACCUGUGUUAAUCCUCGGAGCGACGAUUCAGCUUCUCUAUGAGAUUGUACACUGGUGGAAAUGAUGACACCUGUUCGCGUAGAGUACUCCGGGACGCACCUUCUAGUCAUUGAACAAUCGGUGAAAGAGAAUCCCACUGAGUUUAUUUGGUUGACGUUUUUUAAACUUAUUGUGGCCUCGGAGAUAAUUAGUUCCGUAGGGAGUUAUAUCAUAAGUGUUAACAUCAAAAUUAUUACUUAAGAUACGGAAUAACAACCAUAACAACUGAAAAUCUUUGAGAAUUGCUGUAUUGCAAUCCGUAGUUGUUUUCAAGUCAUGACUCACUGAUAUUCCUGUCUUGUUGUUCCUGCGCUCGUAGAAGUGACGUACCACUAACGGCAUACUGCUAAUUAGCAAUGGUUAUAACCAUUGCCGUGUCCAAUGUAGAAUAACACACUCUUGGUGAUUCGUUAACGUAGAAAAAGAAAAAUAGGGGACGUAAGAUGGUGUCUUAAGGUAUACUGAUUUUAAUCGAUUUCAUUGCAGAUGGUGUUCUAUUUACCAUCAUCCUUUGUCUCUGGUCACAAGAAUUUCUCUCGCUCUUAUAUGAUUCCUGUUGUUCCAAAGCUUGAGAGCUUUGCACAAGCCCUUAUCGAUACACAUCAAAAUAUUUGAAUAUCACACUGAUAGUCAAACCACUAUCUUGGGUUGGCUGUCCAAUUAUCUCUAUUGGUUAGUUAAUCAUAAAUAUUGAGACUCGUGUUUCUUAAGAGUGAGUAGAUUGCAUGAUUCUACAUGACUUAGUAACUUAGUCCGAAUUGUUUUCUCAAACACAUUAGCUACUGCGUUAGUUGGACCAAUAGUUCAGUAGUUGGGAACGAUAUCUCUUUCUAUACUUAAGUAUAGGGUUGGCGAUAGCAUUCUUUUAAUCUCUAAAGAGUCCGGAAAAGGGACAUGUUAAAUAGUACCGUGAGUGGUUCUGAAAUAAUGCCCAGGAGAAAUAAUAGCAAUUGUAAAUGUAAGCUAUCGGGUCCCGGUGACUUACAAGCAUUGGUACUGUAGCGGCAACUACCAUGGUAUCUCAGUGGCGUGGUUAUUGGGUGUGUUGACAAAAAAGCCAGCAGAGUAGACCUCACUGAAAUAGUUUGACAAAAUCUCAUCUUUGACCGUGUUUGAAUUAUCGUGUAAUAGUAACGGGGGACUCCAAUACUACAUUUUGUUCUCCGCUUAACAUACGAAAACAAUCGUUCUUGGCAAUUACAGUUAUCGUGUGUCGAAUGUCUUUCGUAUGUAGUGCGGGGUCUAGCUCUAGCCAUUUUACGUACACCCCUGAUUUUUCCGUACUCAUACUUAAAUAACUCACGACCAGUGUUAGAAACAAGUCGCAAAAAUGUUUCCUACUCUGUAUCAUUUCCCGAUUCAUGAAAGACAGUUUCAUUGCUUAUGUGUUGACCAUGAUAUGAACGGCAAUGUUAUGGCCUCGAAUAUGUAUUCAAACCCACUCCAUCUGUAUUCAAUCAACCUGUUUAAAUGACUGACCAGUUUUUUUAGGUAGCACAGUCUCUGUUUGCUGGAAUGUUGGAUUAUAAAGAACAGGUAUUUCUCGUUUGGGUUUUACGUUCUUUUUUAGUUUGAGAUACCGCAAAAUGGUUUUUGUUUUUAACACAUGGUCAUUUGAGUCUUAAAUAAACAUACACUUUAGUGUAACAGUGCUAUCUUUCAUAGAUGUCUAAAUUUCUUACAAGAACUAAUAAUUUCUGUCUUAAUGCUAACAGGCUCGGCAGUAUAAGUUAGUUUAACUCCCAUCAUUUGAUCUUAUACCUUCAGGAGUAUGGUUUUAAAACACAAUUGUGUUAACUCAUCAGUUAAUUGACGUCAGCUAUUUGACUAAUAUUUCUGUGCUUUUUAGCCUUCAGAUGGAUGAACGCUUUACUACGGCAUUGUCUAUAUGGAUCCAUAAACCCCAGGUUGUACAUAAAGAUAUAUUUGCUUCAUCUGUUGUAUCCGAAACUGAUGAAUCCUGCGUAAGAUUUAUCUAUCCGAAGCUCCGUACUGGGGUCAGUGAAUUCACUGAAGUUUGUUCCAAAGGAUCAGCUUAUAAGUUUUCAUCGAUCUCUAUAACUUACAUUAUCGAGGAAACAAAUGGUCGCAUUCAAGUUUCCGUCUUGGAUGAGUCUCCUGGGUUUCUCCAGAGUUCUUGGCUAAAAGACAUCCUUGAACAGAAGCUUAAUCUUUGGUAUUCUUGUGAUGCAAAAGUUAAUAUUCCUUCCCUCUCACUAAUUGAUUGCCGUUUAUAUCAAUUGCAAUACGAACGCUUGAAAAAUACCUAUGGACCUACUCUAGUUAAGAACUGGUCGGAGAAAACAGACCCAAUGAAAUUCGUGUAUGAAGAUAUUGGCAUAGCUUGCUACCUUAUAUGUUUAUGGAAAAAUGAACAUGUUAAUUUCGUCGAUCUUGGUUGUGGAAACGGAUUGUUGACUUACAUACUUUCGUCGGAAGGAUUCACUGGCAUAGGAAUAGAUGUACGUAGAAGGCACAUUUGGAAGUCUUAUCCAAUAAGUGUACAACAACGUUUAAAGGAAAUUUCGUUAAAUCCAGAAGAAGUUUGUGGGUUUCCACAAGCCAAUUGGCUAAUCGGGAAUCACAGUGAUGAACUUACACCUUGGUUGCCUAUACUGGCAUGUAAAAGUGGACCAUCAUGCAAGCUAUUUGUUUUACCAUGUUGUCCUUACAGUCUUUUUGGAAAAUUCAAUAUCCCGAAAAGUUCACUUUCAUUUUUACCUGACGACAUAAAUGUCAAACAGAUAACAGAAAAUAGUCGAUAUGGUACAUAUCUUAAUUAUAUACAACACAUUUUUGCCAUUUGCAGAUUUAUACCUGAAGUUGAUGCGCUCAGAAUACCAUCAACCAAACGUAUAUGUAUUAUUGGUCGAGAUAUAAUCGAUUCAAAGUGUUUUGAAAAUAAUGAGCACUCAAAUCGUUUGUCUGCUGUUAAUAAAUACAUUGAAUACGAACGUGAUAUCACUUCAAAGCCUAACAAAACGUUUGUUGCACGUCCACUCACAGAGGUUCCCUGUAACUGUACAAGAGUUUCGAAAUUUGUUCUUGACAAAAUAUCACAUACAGUUUUCAAAGCCUUAUUAAUCUGUAAACCAGAUAAAUAUCGUUUACAAUCCCAUAAUCUUAUGCUUUCUGAUGAUUUAAGAAUAAGAACUUUGGACAAUCGUUGGUGGAAUCCUGGUGGUACAUUAACUUUAUCAGAAUGCAGUGAACUUGUGUCACUAGAAGAUAUGAAAUUAUUAAAAUCUCAGCAUGGUGGUUUGCAAACUGUCUUGAGGAAUCACCAUCAGUGCUUUCGAACUAUCAAAAACACCGUUCAGUUACGUUGGUUACCAGAUAAGAUGGCGAAGCUUAAUGAUUCUGGAAUUCCGUUAUUCAAUAACAAAAAUGGGAAGAAUCGUAAAACAAAACUCUGCUGGAUGUCACUUAACCAUCCAGAUGGUUGUCCAUACACUUCUGAAUUGUGUGACUUUGCCCAUUGCGAAAAUGAAAUCCUCAUAAAAAUCGGUUCCAUAAAACAAUAA